AUGGAACGUGUCCGUUCCAUCUGGAAAGAAACCAAGUCGGUAACCGUCGUCGAGACGGUUGACGUUGCCGAGGUGUCCCUCGACAAUGCCGUGAUUUGCGCUGCCCGCGUUGUGUGUGUGGCUGGUCAGGCCGUCUCGCUGGACGCGUCCUUCGACAGCAGCGCCGAUCAAAGUGUGGUGCAUCCCGCGACGCUGGCCAAACUCAAAAAGCAAGGCCGCAACGUCCUCGUGACCAAGCUCAAGACCCCCAUUAAGGUAAUGGUUUUUGUUGGCCCUGCCCACACCGUCACCGAGGAAGCCACGAUGGACCUGCGGUUCGAGAAGGACGCUGGCCCGGCGGUACUCGUACGCCUCUCAAUGGUAGGGUUUGCGGAGGCCGAGCCAAAACUAACUGUCGACUAUCUCGUCGCGGCCGUCCAGCCACUGGCCGUGCGCGCCCGUGUCAAGGAACUCAUGAAGUUGAACGAGAACCGCAGCCUCAAGAAGGACGCGCGCGAUUUCAAGCGCUGGCCGGCGGACUGCGUCGCUACGGCGAGUUCGAUGGCCGCGGCGGUACCCGCCACCGCCAAGCCCGACAAGUUGCCCGCGGCGACCAAGACCCCCAAGACUGGGAAGGCCCCCAAGGUCGUGGCCGUCGUGAAAGAAGACAAGAUCCCGUAG